UUUACUAAAUAUUUGUCAAUUGAAAAAAAAAACAAAAAUAAACCCGCGCUUUGAAAGCGCGGGUCAAAAUCUAGUUUAUAAUUAAAGUUUAAAAUUGAAAGGAUGGUAUAAGGUUUUUGGAAUUUGGAGUUUAUGGUUAUAAUAAAUAUAUUUACUUAAAUUAUUUUUUAUUAUAUAUAUAAAGUAUGGAUAUAAAAGUUUUUUUUGAUUUUUAACGAAGAAUGUAUUUUUAAAUACGUCUAUUUGGUGAUGAUAAAUAUAAAUAAUGAUACUAGCAAAUUGAUAAAUAUGAAAAUUCCCCUAAAUAUUUUCCUAGAAAAAUUAACGAUUUAUUAAUUCAGAGUAUAUGGGAACAUUUUGUAUAUAUUAUAUAUAUGAGGAUUUAUUUUAUAUAUAUAUAUAUCGAUAUUUAUAUAACUCAUAAAUUGUUGUUGUAUGCUUUAAGCCUGUAACUAAGUUAUCGUUUAUGAAACAUCCACGUGCCUUUUCUAGUCAACUCUCUCAGACUUUUAGUUACUUAACACUGCUCGGAAGACAAGAAACGAGUCUCACAUUCAAAGCUCCUGCCACAUCACAUUUGAUCUCAUCUAUUUUGUUCUUUUCUCGCCGCCUAACGUCAUCCCUUGUAAAUGAUAUCGUGCCACGUGGAAAUAUAUAUCAUCCACUUCCUUUUUUUUCUCGAAUAGUAUACAUCCUUGUGAAGUCGAGUUUUUUCCUUGAAUACAUUUGGAAAAAUAUAUACUCCAGUCUUGUGGUUGGUCCUCAUUCGAUUGUAUAAAAUAAAUUUAUUAGUUUUUAAAGGCAGCCAUAUUUGUCUACACGACCUAUGAGGAUUUUAGGAAUAAAAUAUCAUCCACUUUCAAAUAUCUAAUAAAUUUAAUGUCCCUAUAUAUAACGGAUUAAGUUUUGAAUAAUUAAAGUUAUUGCCAGAACAAAAAGAGAGAACGAAAAAAAGAAUAUUCUCAAUCUACCACCAUGUAUUCCUCUUCGAGUUCUUGGAGCUCAUCACAAGAAUCAUUCUUGUGGAACGAAAGUUCGUUUUUAGAUCAAUCCUUCUUUUGCCCUACUCAUAAUUACUCUGAUGACUUCUUCUCAUUUGAGUCUCCGGAGAUGAUGAUAAAAGAAGAAACCCAAAACGACGACGUUUCAAACUCCGAGGGAGAAGAAAAGAUUGGUACUAUUGAUGAAGAGAAGUCAUACAGAGGAGUGAGGAAGAGGCCAUGGGGAAAAUUUGCUGCGGAGAUAAGAGAUUCUACUAGGAACGGGAUUAGGGUUUGGCUCGGGACGUUUGAUAAAGCCGAGGAAGCAGCUCUUGCUUACGACCAAGCGGCUUACGCAACAAAAGGAUCUCUUGCGGUACUCAACUUCCCCGUGGAAGUGGUCAGAGAAUCUCUUAAGAAAAUGGAGAAUGUGAAUCUUGAAGAUGGAGGGUCUCCGGUCAUGGCCUUGAAGAGAAAACAUUCGCUUAGAAACCGGCCUAGAGGGAAAAAGCGAUCUUCUAAUUCUUCUUCUGCUUCUUCUUCUAAUUCUUGUUCUUAUUCAUCUUCUUUCUCUUCUUCGUCUUCAUCAUCAAGAAGUAACAAGCAGAGUGUUGUGAAGCAAGAAAGUGGUACACUUGUGGUUUUUGAAGAUUUAGGUGCUGAAUAUUUAGAACAACUACUUAUGAGCUCAUGCUGAUCUUGUAAAUGAUUCCAGCUAUAGCAAUCAUUAAAUUUUAAUCUUGCGGUAGUUUUGAGAUUCGUUUGUUCAUUCUGUAAUUUCUUUGGUUCUCUUAUUUUUCCUUUGUUGUAUCCAAAAGAAAUUAUUGGAAGAGAUGCGAUGAUGAUGGUGAUGUUGAACUGUAUAAAAAAAAACUCUAUUAUUGCGUUAUAUCGCUGGAAAGUGUGUGUAAUAAUUUCUUAAAUAUUUAUAUCGAUGGUGAUAGGUGAUGUUCUA